GGCUUGUGUUCGGUGCCUUGCCGGGGCUGGGGGGUUCCGAUGUGGUCCCCGGAGCGGGAGGCCGAGGCCCCGGCCGGGGGAGACCCCGCGGGCCUACUGCCCCCCGAGUGGGAGGAGGACGAGGAGCGCAUGUCCUUCCUGUUCUCCGCUUUCAAGAGGAGUCGCGAGGUGAACAGCACCGACUGGGACAGCAAGAUGGGCUUCUGGGCGCCGUUGGUGCUGAGCCACAGCCGCCGCCAGGGGGUGGUGCGCCUGCGUCUGCGGGACUUGCAGGAGGCCUUUCAGCGCAAGGGGAGCGUCCCGCUGGGGCUGGCCACGGUGCUGCAGGACCUGCUGCGUACCUUCCCAUUGGCUGACGAUAUUGCCUAGGAUGGUCUCGAACUCCCGAACUCAAGCGAUCCUCCCACCUCGGCCUCCCAAAGUGUUAGAAUUACAGGCGUUGAGCCACUGCACCUGGCCAGCAAGGCUUUCGGAGAAUGUGUACAGUGGAAACGGUUUUCGUUCAUGCCUGAAGUAGGGAACAGGAGAAACAGUAGUUGAAGAAGUCAGUGAAGGAUGAGACCAGAAUGGGCUUCCUUACUGUAGAAGGGUGACGAUCUUUCACUUCCAAUCCAGACACUUUAAUACAUCGAUGGUAUUAAAGUUUCUUCUCCUGUCUGCUGGCGCUCCACUGAAGAAGCUUCCUGUUGCUUGCCUGGGUCCUGAAGAAUUUCUGAGGGUGAUACUUCUCCACGGAGGCGACGUGGCAUAGUAUUAGUAUUAAAAGUAGUAUCAAAAACUACAAUUACUUUUGCACCAACCUAAUAGUUAACAGCUUAGCUUGAGGGCCAGCUGGCCUAGGCCUGAAUCCUGGCUCUGCCAUUUGCUAAAUUAUGUGGCCCUGCACAAAUUUUAUGCUGUCUUUAACUCUCAGUCUGACAAAUUCUAAAAUGGUGAUGAUAAUUGUACCUAGGUUUAUUGUGAGGAUUUGAAGAGAUAUUCCUUAUGUAGUCUUCAGCAUAGUGACUGGCCAGCGGCAAGCAUCUAAUCAAUUGAGCUGCUGUUACUGUUACCAUACCACGAAAUACUUACAUAUACUUACAUAUACAUCGUAAUACUUACAUAUACAUCAUAUCCCCACCCUUGCCUUGGAAGAGCAGGAACUCUUUCUCUGUACAUCUUUGUUUUCUUCCUUGUGUCUUGCACUCGACAGUGAUUUAUUUUCAUUUGAUUGUUUUGAGCACCAAUUGUAAAAGGAAAUCUCAGCGAGGGCUCAGAAGCUGCCUGUGUUUCUGUUGUCUUAGUGAGGCACUUGCCUUUUGGUUCCAGCCCUGUCAUGGUGUAGAUUGGACCUCUCUGCUUACCUUCUGAGUCCCUCAGUUUUCUCAUUCGUUAAAAUGCUCAUAACACCGCCUCCUAUGCAGAGGUGUUGUGAGGCUUAGAGCUGGAGUAUAAACAAUGCCGCAUGUAGUUGGCACAGCAUAGGUGCUUAGUAAAUGGUAGUGAUGAUGAUGAUAAAAUUCCUCUUUGGAGGUAAAGGGGGAGCUGGGGACUGGAAUGGGAUAUUACAUUAAGUGCUACUGCACGCCCUUCUUUCUCUUGCCUGCAGUCGAGGGGAGCUGCAGCGGGAGUCAGACUUCAUGGCCAGUGUAGACAGCAGCUGGAUCUCCUGGGGAGUCGGGGUCUUCCUGCUGAAGCCUCUCAAGUGGACUCUUUCUAACAUGCUGGGAGAUAAUAAGGUUCCAGCCGAGGAGGUCCUUGUCGCUGUGGAGCUGUUGAAGGAAAAGGCUGAGGAGGUGUAUCGUCUGUAUCAGAACUCGCCCCUCUCCUCGCACCCCGUGGUGGCCCUGUCAGAGCUCAGCACCCUCUGUGCUAACUCCUGCCCAGAUGAGAGGACCUUCUACUUGGUGUUGCUGCAGCUGCAGAAGGAGAAGAGGGUCACAGUCCUCGAGCAGAACGGGGAGAAGAUUGUGAAGUUUGCCCGAGGGCCACAUGCCAAGGUCUCUCCAGUCAAUGACGUAGACGUUGGGGUGUACCAGCUGAUGCAGAGUGAACAACUUCUCUCACGCAAAGUGGAGUCCUUAUCCCAGGAAGCAGAGAGGUGUAAAGAAGAAGCCCGCCGGGCGUGCCGAGCAGGAAAGAAGCAGCUGGCACUGAGGUCUCUCAAGGCCAAGCAACGGACAGAGAAGCGCAUCGAGGCCUUGCAUGCCAAGCUGGACACUGUGCAAGGCAUCCUGGACCGGAUCUAUGCCUCCCAGACAGAUCAAAUGGUUUUUAAUGCCUACCAGGCUGGGGUGGGAGCACUCAAACUCUCCAUGAAGGAUGUCACAGUGGAGAAGGCAGAGAGCCUUGUGGAUCAGAUCCAAGAGCUCUGUGACACCCAGGAUGAAGUUUCUCAGACUCUGGCUGGUGGGGUAACCAAUGGCUUAGAUUUUGACAGUGAAGAACUGGAGAAGGAAUUGGACAUCCUCCUUCAGGAUACCACCAAAGAACCUUUGGAUCUGCCUGACAACCCCCGCAGUAGGCAUUUUACCAACAGUGUGCCUAACCCUAGGAUCUCAGAUGCUGAACUUGAAGCCGAACUUGAGAAACUGUCCUUAUCAGAGGGAGGUUUGGUCCCAAGCAGUAAAUCUCCGAAAAGGCAAUUGGAACCGACUCUAAAGCCAUUGUAGGACCCUCAAGUGAAGGACCCUCAUGUAAAAGAGAGACCAGGCUUGCUGGGUGUGUACAUAGUUAUUUAAACAAGAAACUCUCAGAAUGUGUUUGGAAGAGGAGGAAGGAGAACCACUGAUUUAUCUGGAUGCUACUACUUACUACAGGACAGAUAGAAUUUCUGGAAGCGAUGCUCCAAAGGCUUGCUCCCAACUAUAUUAUGGACCUGCCUUCUCAUCUUUAUAGUGCCACAAUUUAUACAGUCCUGUGUCUGACCUGUCAUUUCAUAGCCUGCAGUUCUUGCCAUUGGCACACUUAGUUUGUCUUCACCCACCAGCUUCAUUCCAGCCUAUGAAGGGGAAAGAUUUGCAGCUUUGCCAAAUCUGAAUCAGUUCCCACUUCCCCCUGCGGUUUUUUUAGAGGGGUUUAUCCUGUCGCUAAUGUCAGUUAAAUAACUUACUCUGCCCCACUUGAUUUCACUGGUAAGAGAAGAAUGAGAAUGAAACACUUCAAGGUUUUAUUUGAGGGGACUUAGCUGCCAUUUUAUGGAGAAACGUGUAGUGUAAAAGGUUUUUCUCUAGGGUCAUUUGUCAGAAUUCUCCAGGUGUUCAGAGAAAGAGGUCGCCCCAAGUGGCCCAGAGUCAUGACAGUCCGGAGGGGCUGGUGUGGCCAGUGGGCGCUGCCUCUUCAUCCGAUGCAGCAGGAGGUCCGCUGGUGGGGGAAAGGCUUCUUCCGAGGCCUCUGCACUUGCCUGGGAAGAGGCCCAGUGACUACAGGACCCCGAGAUGUCCAGACCCCUUAUGCUUUUCUAAAGAGGCGAAAUUGUUGCCUUGGCCCCAUCAUGGGAUAACUUAAAAAUACAUACCUAUCUUCCAGAACAAGCCACACAACAACACACCUCCCCUCCUUGAGCCUGGCACACAGCACUGGGCUCUCUGAAUUUGGAAAGCGUUUCACUUUGUGGCCUACUGCUCAGGGCAGGGGAGCUGAGCCAGGAUGUGCAAUAGAAGCAGGGGCUGUGCCCUCUGCCACAUCUGCCAGGAGCUACCUGGGCCACCCGUGUACCUGUCCUGCUUCCUGCAGUCCCCGCUCCCUGCCUCCUUUGAGGGACUGGGCAGGGCGGGGUAGGGGGAUAGACGGGAAAGGGUCUGAAUGCUCUGGCAACGGUGAGAAGAAACAAUAGCCACGCUGCCACUCUGCUGCCCAGCCACCAGGAUUUCUGCCUGGAGCCCUUUGCCCUGUCCCUGCUGCCUGAGGUGGCGUAGAGCAGAGGAGAAGAAUUUGCUCCAGGCCAGGAGCACAAAUCAUUGUUCAAUGAAUUUCUCUCCAACUCGACCUUGGUAAACGGAAAUGUUGGGGGUGAAGAGAAACAAUCACUAUUUUUUUUCUUUUUUAUCUGGUAAAUAAUUAAAAGAAAAACCGGAACACUU